AUGGACUACCAAAACCGCGCAGGCAACAAAGGUGCAGGCAUUGCCAGCGCCAGCGAGGCGGCGAUUGACCGUCGUGAACGGCUUCGUCGUCUCGCUAUGGAGACGAUUGAUAUUUCCAAAGAUCCAUACAUUCUACGGAAUCAUCUGGGUGGGAUCGAGUGCCGUUUGUGCUUGACUAUGCAUGCGAAUGAAGGCUCGUACCUCGCCCAUACGCAGGGCAAGAAGCACCAAGCGAACCUGCAGCGUCGCGCUGCGUUGGAUGCUCGGUCGAACGAUUCGGCGAACAAAGCAACGUCUGCUCUGCUUGCACCUGCACCUGAGAUGCCCAAGAAGCAGUUUGUCAAAAUUGGUCGGCCUGGCUACAAAAUUACCAAGAUCCGCGAACCCGUCCUUCCUGCACUGACGUCUGACGAAGACGAGGCGACACGGCACUAUCGCGAGACGACUAGCGGACGAGUGGGUCUGCUAUUCGAAGUGAAUCUACCAGAGAUUAAGGCGGAUGUCAUGCCAUUGCAUCGGUUUAUGAGCAGUUUUGAGCAGCGCAAGGAAGCGCCUAAUCGAGCGUGGCAGUACUUGCUUGUCGCAGCGGAGCCGUACGAAACGAUUGCAUUCAAGCUACAGAGUCGCGAGAUUGAUCGCUCCCAAGUCCUGACACUGCCAGGUAUGCCGAUGCCUGAGCAGCAUGAAGAGCCAGCGACAUGGAGUCACUGGGACCCGUUCCACAAGGUGUAUACCAUUCAAGUCUUGUUCCGGCCGUUGCCAAAUGUAUCAUAG